GUCCUAUAGGACUGCAUCAUUUUUUUUUUUUUUUUACAUCAUUUUCUGCAUUAAUAGGAAAGCAGUCUUACCUGAGAUGCUGGGGCUACCCUACAACCACACAAUGGAAACUCCUGACACCUUCUUCCUUGUGGGUAUCCCAGGGUUGCAGCCUUCACGUCUUUGGCUGGCUAUCUCACUGAGUGCCAUGUACACUGUCGCUCUGCUAGGAAACACCUUCAUUGUGACUUUAAUCUGGCUGGAUUCUACUCUACAAGAGCCCAUGUACUAUUUCCUAUGUGUUCUGUCUGCUGUAGAUAUUAUUAUGGCCUCCUCUGUAGUGCCCAAGAUGGUGAGCAUCUUCUGCUCAGGAGACAGUUCCAUCAGCUUUAAUGCUUGUUUCACUCAGACGUUUUUUGUCCAUGCAGCUACAGCUGUAGAAACAGGGCUGCUGUUGGCCAUGGCUUUUGACCGCUACGUAGCCAUCUGCAAGCCCCCACACUACAAGAGAAUGCUCACACCUCGUGUGGUGCUGGGAAUGAGUGUGGCCAUCAUCAUCAGAGCCAUCAUAUUCAUGACUCCACUGAGUUGGAUGGUGAGUCAUCUACCUUUCUGUGACUCCAAUUUGGUCCUCCAUUCCUACUGUGAGAACAUAGCUAUGACCAAGUUGGCAUGUGGCAACCCCAUGCCCAGCAGUCUCUACAGUCUGAUUGGUUCCUCCAUUAUUGUGGGCUCUGAUAUGGCCUUCAUUGGUGCCUCCUAUAAACUGAUUCUCCAGGCUGCAUUUAGCCUCUCCUCUAAGAACGCUCAGUUGAAAGCAUUAAGCACAUGUGGUUCCCACAUGGGGGUUUUGGCUCUGUACUACCUACCUGGGAUGGCAUCCAUCUAUGUGGCCUGGCUAGGGCAAGACAUGGUGCCCUUACACACCCAAGUGCUGCUAGCUGACUUGUACCUGAUCAUCCCACCCACCUUAAACCCCAUCAUCUAUGGCCUGAAGACCAAACAAAUAUGGGAGCGAACACAGGGUUUGCUGAUGCGCUGCCUCUCUGACCAUUCCAACCUGGGUUUGUGA